AUGCAAUUCUCCAAGAUCUCCGGUGCAACCGCCGCACUUCUCAUCUCUCUGAUCUCCGCCUCUCCCAUCGCUCUGACCCAUGAUGCCAUUCAUCCCAGCGGAUCCAUCCACGUCAAGCCCACCGGCUCCAUCGAGUACUCCUUCAAAAUCCACCCUACCGGCUCUCGCAAGCCCAAGGAACCACUCCCUACCCGUACCGACGAGGGAACCUCUAAAUUUACCAUCCAUCCAACUGGUGGCAAGACUGAACCCCAUCACUACCGACCUUCCGGCACCGGUGUCGAGUCUCACGAGGGUCCAAAACCAACUGAUCAUGUAUCCAAAUCGCACGAAAGUAGCCACCCAAAGCCAAGCGGACAUGUCUCUCAAAGGGCUAUCGAAAGCGAUAAUGUCGAAGGCAGUACUGUGAGCAACUGGAAGGCUAAGCCUACGGGUAAUGCUUCCCAUGAACAUGAAAGUGGCCACGCAAAGCCAACCGGUAGUGGAAAGAAGGAAAAUGCUCAUCCAUCUGGAACCGGUGUUUACAAAGAUGGAAAACCUCACCAGAGUGAAUAUGCUAAGCCUACUGAGACCGGAGAUUAUCAAACACGUGAAAGCGGACAUGCUAAAGCAUCAGGCAAGGGGGGCGAAGGUGGAUUUGGUCAUGCAAAACCAACUGGUACGAAAGGCAAAGAACACACUCAGGCUCACGAAUCCGGCCACGCUAAACCUACUGGAUAUAAUGAAUCAGCUCGUGCUGUUGAAAGUGGCCACGCUAAACCAACUAAUGUUCAUGACAGUGGCCAUGUGAAGCCCACUGGCAAGGAAAGCAAGGAACACGCGAGUGGUCAUGCCAAGCCCACUGGUACUGGCGCUGAACAUGGUCAUGCUAAACCAACUGGCGUUCAUUCACAAGUUCCUGAAUUCACUGGGACACAUAAAAGCAAGACUCUUGAGUUCAAAACUGAGACCGGCACGAUGACGCUUGGAAGUAAGGCAUCUACAGUUAUUGGCGCUGGGCCUGAGGAGACUGGAAGUUCUCGUUUUUGA